ACAUUAACUGUUCAAUAUAUGUGUGCAUGAAAACUAUUGAAAUGAGUACAAAAUAUAAGUAUUUACUUAAAUUAAUAUAAAAUAAAAUGUUUCCGAAAGUUCAAUUUAACCGUAGGUAAAACGAAACGUUAUAAUCUGUCAAAGUUACUACCGGAUUGACAUAAAUUGCAAAAAUAAUUGAUUUUCAAUAAUUUUUUCCUCAAAAAUUACGCGUCUCCGCAUGUUAAAACUUUGCGUGUGUGCUUAUAAUAAUGUAACCUUUCUGUAAAAAAAAUAUCAACCCCCAACUCGACGGCAGAUCAAAAUUAUGUCCACAAUGCCGCAACAUGGUGACAAAUCGUUGCAUGUUCCGUCUUUACCCCACUAUAUCCAAUGAGACAUCAGGAGAGGAUGUAGCAACAUUACAAGCCCAGCUUAAUGAUGCACAGUUGCAGCUGCAACAACAGCGAACCACACACAAAGAACAUAAGGAAAAGUUUGCAGCUGCUGAAGUGGAGCUAAAAAAGAACUUAGCACUAUUAAAAGCAACGGAGAAAAAACUAGAAAGCAGAGACUCGGCUGUAUCUGCUCUGAAGGAACAACUGGAGUAUGUUAAGAUACAAAACAAGGAGACAAACAGAUUAAAAGAAGAAAAUGAAAACCUAAAAAAAAAUAUUCAAACAUUAAAUGGAUUACAAAAAGUAUUAAAUGCGACAAGCGAGGAAGUGGAACGCAUGUUGGAGGGUUAUACGGAUGUGAGGACAGUUGCUACAUUUGCAACAGCAUUGAAAAGAGCAUUAUGUGAAUCGGAAAGCAAGAAAAAUGAAUCCCGUGAUAGAUUACAAACCAUAAAACAACAGCUAGCCUCAGAAAAAAAUCAUGUAGCUGAUUUGCAAGCUAAGUUAAUAGCAGCAGAAGAAAAAUUAACAAGUGCCCAACGUAAAUAUGAUAGUCUAAAGAAUAAGCGGAAAGUGAGUGACAGACUUGACAAGUCCCUCACAGAGGAAUCGUGGGAAUCUGCUGUCAAACAGAUGAAGCCUAAUGAAGAUUUAAACAGUGCUAUCGUUUUAAGCGAUAAUAACAGCAGUUUUAAUACCAUGGUGAAUAGAAUAGAAAAUGCUGACUCCCCGUACCUGAAUCUCAAACAAAGCAGCCUGGCUCUAACUGCUUUGCAGAGACAUCCAACUCACCCUCUACCAGAGAAAAACCUUAAGCCAUCAGAAUAUGCUCUACUGAAUUCAGCUCGAAGUGCCGUAACAAGAAAACCUGACUUAGCCAGUGCAAAGACUAGCAUAUUUCAAAAGAGGGAACCAGCAAAAAUACAAUUCUCUCAAGAAAACGACCCUAAUAUGAGCUUCAUGAAUAUAUCGUAUGAUGGCCUUGGAGGACACUCGAAGUUAGACACAUUUCCUGUACCAAAUACGAGACCGCCAUUGAAAAGUUGUGUACCUAAAUUGUCUACAAAACAUAAGUUAAAACGACCAAAUCCAGUUGGCAAUCGUGAUAUCAGUAAGAUGUUGGAAAAAAUUAAAGAUAAAUAGAUUUGAUUAUAAGUAGGUAUAUAUUUAUAAGUUUAGUUCAUUUCUGUAUAAUUUGUUAAUAAAUAAAAGAACACAUCAACUUUGUUAACAAAUCAAUUAUUCUAAUAUUUGUACCUUGUUAGCCUUUUGUUCAUGUUUCGUCAGCAUAGUAUGAAUAUAUAAUUUAGUCAAAAUAUUUUUAUCUGCUGUGCAGAUAAAAUUUACACCAUUUCAUUUAUUAUUAUUUAUCUAUUGAAACUAUUUUGUAAUUUUAAAUAAAAUAAUAUAAUCUGUAAUUAUUAAUUACUACCAAGUAUAAUAUCACAAA